UCGGCUUCUCCUUGUUUAAAAUGACAAGAACUUGUUGAUGUGCUGGCCUCCCGGCGCUAACGCUAACUAGCUUAUUAGCUACUGGAAGUUCAGCUGGCCGACUGUUGUUGUCGUCGUCGUCGUCGCCUCUGGUGGAUGGAAAAUGAAACCAAAUAAUAUCAAAAUCCAGGUGUUGACCACUCAGCCAUGGAUACCAUCACUUCCCUGAAGAUGACCUCCGUGGCUGUCCAAAGCUUGUUCAGCUACGUGGAGGAGGAAAACCUGGCUGCCAUAAAAGCACACUUGGACAAGUUCAAAGACGUCGACAGCAGAAGUGAUAAUGGACAGACUCCACUGAUGGUGGCGGCUGAGCAGGGCAAUCUGGAAAUCGUGCAGGAGCUCAUCAAGAGAGGAGCCAACGUUAACUGCGAUGAUGUUGACUGCUGGACAGCGCUAAUGUCAGCAUCCAAGGAAGGCCACAUUCAGGUGGUCGGAGAAUUGCUGGACAACGAUGCUUACAUGGAACACAGAGACAUGGGAGGGUGGACUGCUCUCAUGUGGGCCGCCUAUAAAGGUCGCACAGAUGUCGCACAGCUGCUCCUGAGGAAAGGAGCUAACCCUAACAUCACUGGCCAGUAUAGUGUCUACCCCAUAAUUUGGGCGGCAGGUCGAGGCCAUGCUGAGAUCGUUCAUCUCCUGCUGCAGCACGGAGCGAAGGUCAACUGCUCGGACAAGUACGGCACCACCCCACUGAUCUGGGCUGCCAGGAAAGGUCACUAUGACAGUGUGAUGCACCUUCUGGCCAAUGGAGCCGAUGUGGACCAGGAAGGAGCCAACUCCAUGACAGCCUUGAUUGUGGCAGUAAAAGGAGGCUACACUGAAAUCGUCAAGGAGCUGCUGAAGAGAAACCCGAAUGUCAACAUGACAGACAAGGAUGGCAACACAGCCCUGGCCAUCGCUGCCAAGGAGGGACACACAGAGAUUGUGCAGGACUUGCUGGAUGCCGGAACCUAUGUUAACAUCCCAGAUAGGAGUGGGGAGACCAUGCUGAUAGGAGCAGUGAGAGGAGGUCAUGUGGAAAUAGUGCGAGCUCUGCUGAACAAAUAUGCAGAUAUUGAUGUCAGGGGCCAGGAUGGAAAGACAGCUCUCUACUGGGCAGUGGAGAAAGGUAACGCCACCAUGGUGAGAGACAUCCUGCAAUGUAACCCUGACACGGAGAGCUGCACCAAGGAGGGAGAAACCCCACUUAUCAAAGCCACAAAAAUGAGGAACAUAGAGAUCGUCGAGCUGCUGCUGGAUAAAGGAGCAAAAGUGUCAGCUGUGGAAAAGAAAGGCGAUACACCCCUCCACAUCGCUAUCAGAGGGAGGAGCCGAAAGCUGGCCGAGCUGCUGCUAAGGAACCCUAAAGAUGGCCGCCUCCUUUACCGCCCGAACAAGGCCGGAGAGACACCAUACAACAUCGAUUGCACGCACCAGAAAAGCAUACUCACACAAAUAUUUGGCGCCAAACACCUCUCCCCAACUGAAUCAGAUGGGGACAUGUUGGGUUACGACCUGUACAGCAGUGCUCUUGCAGACAUUCUCAGCGAGCCCACCAUGCAACCACCCAUCUGUGUUGGUUUGUACGCACAGUGGGGCAGUGGGAAAUCUUUUCUUCUUAAGAAACUGGAGGAUGAAAUGAAGACGUUUGCAGGGCAGCAAAUCGAGCCGUUGUUCCAGUUUUCCUGGCUGGUGGUCUUCCUCACCCUCCUGCUGUGUGGCUCAGUGGCCUUGAUACUGGGCUUUACUGUUGAUCACAAGCUGGCUAUCGCUGUUUCCCUUAGCUUCCUCGCUUUGAUUUACAUCUUCUUUGUUUUAGUGUACUUUGGAAGCCGACGUGAGAGAGAGAGCUGGAACUGGGCGUGGGUCAUCAGCACCCGCCUUGCCAGGCAAAUUGGCUACCUGGAGCUCCUCCUCAAACUGAUGUUUGUCAAUCCCCCCGAACUGCCUGAGCAAACCACCCGUGCACUGCCUGUCAGGUUCCUGUUCACGGAUUACAAUCGGCUAUCCAGUGUGGGAGGGGAGACCUCCAUGGCUGAGAUGAUUGCCACACUCUCAGAUGCUUGUGAAAGGGAGUUUGGAUUCAUGGCCACCAGGCUGUUCAGGGUUUUCAAGAAUGAUGAGAUCCAAGGUAAAAAGUGGAAGAAGACAUGCUGCAUGCCUUCCUUUGUGCUGUUUGCCUUGACACUUUGCUGCCUCAUCGCUGGCUUAGCCUUGCUGGUAAUAUUUAAGGUGGACUCUGAAAACCUGACAGUGAACGCGGUGCUGAUCGCCAUGGCCAGCGUGGUGGGCCUGGCAUUGCUGCUUAACUGUAAGACCUGGUGGCAGGUGGGAGACUCUGUUCUUAACUCCCAGAGGAAACGCCUGCACAGGGCUGCCAACAACCUGCACCAGCUCAAGAGUGAAGGCUUUAUGAAGGUUCUGAAGCAUGAGGUAGAGCUAAUGUCAAAGAUGGCCAAGACCAUUGAUGGCUUUACCCAGAACCAGACACGAAUGGCCGUCAUCAUAGACGGGCUGGAUGCCUGUGAACAGGACAAAGUGCUGCAGAUGCUGGACACGGUGCGAGUUCUCUUCUCCAAGGGGCCCUUCAUCUCCAUCUUCGCCAGCGACCCUCAUAUCAUCAUUAAAGCCAUCAACCAAAACCUCAACAGUGUGUUAAGAGACUCCAACAUCAAUGGCCAUGACUACAUGAGAAACAUUGUCCACCUGCCAGUUUUCCUCAACAGCAGAGGUCUUAGCACAGCCAGGAAGCUCUGCAUGGCGGCACCCAGUAAUGGCGACGGCUUGGCUGCGGAAGGUUGGAAUGAAGAUGUUGACAGGAAGAUGUCUCAGAAUAGCCUGGCUCCAGACCAGGCCAAGUUUGGCAGCAAGAAUGCUCUUAACCGCAGGGACACAUACCGGCGGCGCCAGAUGCAGAGGACCAUCACCAGACAGAUGUCUUUUGACUUGACAAAGCUGCUGGUGACUGAGGACUGGUUCAGUGACAUCAGCCCCCAGACCAUGAGGAGACUACUCAAUAUUGUUUCCAUCACUGGUCGUCUUUUGCGAGCAAAUCAGAUAAUCUUCAACUGGGAUCGUCUGGCGUCGUGGAUCAAUCUAACCGAGGAGUGGCCUUACAGGACAUCAUGGAUCAUCCUCUUUUUAGAAGAGAGUGAUGGAGUGUCUGAUCAGGUCUCUCUCAAGACGAUCUAUGAGAGGCUGUCCAAGAACAUUCCCACCACCAAGGACGUGGAACCGCUGCUGGAGAUCGAUGGCGACAUCCGUAGCUUUGAGGUGUUCCUCUCCUCCCGAACACCCGUCCUCACUGCCAGAGAUGUGGAGAUGUUCCUGCCCUGCACUGUCAACCUCGACCCCAAACUUCGAGAAAUAAUAGCAGAUGUGCGUGCGGCCAGGGAGCAGAUGCACGUGGGAGGGGUUACGUAUCCCACAAUGUCUUUGCAAGAGGCGCUGGUGCCCCGUCCACAGCCGGGAUAUGGCCAGCACACAGCCGCCUGCUCACCUGCUGGUUCCUUCGCCGGGUCCUUGCCGCCUCAGCCGCACAGUGCUUACUUCAGUGGGAUGACUGGUCCUCAGCACCCCUUCUACAACCGGCCUUAUUUCCCCCAACAUGUGUAUCACCUGCCAAGGCAUUACCCCCAUCACGCCCACUCAUCCUUGCACCCUUCCAUUAAGCGUCCUGCUCAGCCCAAGGACAUCACUGGUGGACUUGAAGUUAUAGCAGAGGAUGCAAGAGAAGGCCUCCACUCCUGUCCCUCUGACCCUGCCAUGCUUUUAAGGUCACUGCCUUACAAAUCAAAGCAGGCCUCCCCUGCUGUCCUGCUGAGCUCAAUGAGCACAGAUGCAGUGUGCGAGUUCCUCAAACAGAUAGAUGGAAUCGACGGCAGCAUGCGUCAGUACACCUCCACCGUCAAGAAGGCGAAUAUAAACGGACGUGUGCUGGCACAGUGCAACCUGGAUGAGCUGAAGAAAGAGAUGGAGAUGAACUUUGGUGACUGGCAGCUCUUCAGGGGAAUGGUGAUGGAACAACGGCAUGCUGAAAGCCAGGCUCUGCUUCAGGAUGAGGCGCGUGCUGCUAGCGAGCAGGGCAACAGCAUGUACAGCGGAGAGCCCAGCAGGCGCUCGGUGGGGGCCCCGCGGGAAGGGGCGGCCUUCAGCCUCAACCUGAGCUUUGAGGAGCUCAGCCGAGCUGGACUAGAGGAGCCCCCGAGACGCAGCAGCAGCAGCAGCUCGCAGUGGCCGUUGACAACUCUCCACACCACAAGCAUGUCCAGCCUCAACUCGCAAGAAUCGUCCAACAACAUCUGCAAGUUGACCGACAGGCAGCAAGCCGAGUACCGCGACGCCUACGAGGAGUACAUCGCUCAGAUGGCCCAGCUGGACGGGUCAGGCGGCGCGAAGGAGAGGUCCGUGCAGCCCCAGCUCUCAACCUUGCUCCAGGCUGCCAGCUUGGACGACAAAGGGGCUAAGGAAGGAGCAGACCAAGAUGGCCGCAAGUCCUUCAUCAAGAGGGUCUCCAAGGCGACUGAGGCAGCAGACGUUCCCUCGGGGGCUGAUGCUCAGCUCCUCGAUCCCAUCAGCGAGGAGGAUGAGAAGCUGGACCACAGCACGAGCUCCAAAAACAACACGGCGGGGUCGCGCUUCCGCAAGCUGUCCAGCGAUGACGACUCGAGCCCUGAGGAGGCCGACAACACCACACCGCUUCUUCAAAAGGAAGCGAAAGCCAAGUCUUCACAUUUCCUCACUAAAGGUCCCCUGGAUCUAAAAGAGUCCAGUGACAGUUCCCCACAGGAGACAGCAGGAGAACCCAGCCUGGCGAGGGGAGCGGCGAGGCUGGGCGUGAUGGAGCUGGAGCUGGAGGGUGUGGUCAAGAAGCGAGGCCUGCUCCCCAGCAGCCUCAGCUGCCUACAGGACACCGCUGUGGCUCGCAUGUCCAUCUGCUCCGAGGCAGCCUCCGAGGCCAGCCUGAUGACGAGCAGCCCGGACGAAGCGUGGCCUCCCGGCGGCCUGAGCAACCUCAACCGCAGCGACAGCGACACCACGCUCGACAACAACACCAGCGACGCCAAUUCCAACACCAACAACAGCAGCCACCAACAACAGCAGUCCGCCACCUCCCUCUCCAGCAUCCCGCCCGCUGUCAUUAUCUCACCGGGCAGCGGCAACGCCACCGUCACCACAGCCACCGUCCACCACAACCAGAACCUGCGCUCGAUCAACCUCGGAGACGAAAGGGAGAGCGUCCUUUAAGAUUGUUUCUAAUCAUACUUCAGUGAUCAAUGUUGUCAUGUGAUGAGUAGAAUAGAGUUUAGUCUGUUAGGACCCAAUUGUAGAAGCUGUGUUACUUGUUAAUGAUAAUAGUGUACUUAAAAACAAAGGUGUUAAACUUGUUUUCAUCAAUUGCCACAUCGUAGUGGCGGUUGCCCACAGGAAGGGGGGCAGUUAUAACGAUGAAACCUAUGUCUCGUAAAUGUCUAAUCACUUGGGGUGCAGCUCAUCUAUAGUGUAAACAGGAAUAGAAUUUGAAAAUGUGACUUGGCGGGGCUAGAUCUUAUCUCUGAGCCUUGAGUUUGACACCUGGGCCUUAAGUUGCCAUUGGAAAAAAGUAAAUUAGAAAUGGAAAGUUGUGCAGUUGUUGUGACUUUGUGGCGCCUGUUAGGUAGAGAUGAUGUGCAUGUGGUGAUGGAAUGUUACAUGUAUUCUUUGCUGGUAUCAACAUCUACUCAGUGCUGUUGUGGCGUAAUGGACUGUUUUGUCAAAGAUGAUUUGCAUGCACUCCCAAGGCUCUGACAUGAUGUUCUGUCUCCUUCAAUUUGUCAAACUGUUUCAUUAUUUAAGUCAAUACACUUUUUCUGGAUGUUGAGAUCAUUGGAAUUAUUUUUUUUAAUAUUGCAGGAGAAUCUGAUCUUUCAAACUUACCUUGUUCAUAAAGGAUUCGGGCCCAGUUGUCGCUCAGGAAGUUUUCACAGUACAGGCCGUCGCUAUAUAAUCGUCCGAUAGAUGGCGCACUUUCCCAACAAAAUGUACUGCGCGCUAGCUGCACAGAUGCAAGCUGUCAAUCUUGUCAGAGACUCCCUCCCCCUUUCUAAAGGGGUACCUACAAGGGUCUUUUGAGGACACUAAUAAGGCACUUUGAAAAGGUUUUAAGCAUCUGCAUGUUUUAUCACACAUUAUACAAAUUUGUAUGUGUUACUCGGUUCUGUGUUUGAUUUUUUUUCUUUAGGUCGAGCCUUCCUCUGUGUGUAGGGUUUACAUGUUCUCCCUGUGCACGUGUGGGUUUUCUUCAUGUACUUCGGCUUGUUCUUACAUUAAAAAAAACAUGCAUGUUA